AUGUGUGGCUUCUGCAGUUAUUUCCAUUUUGACACUUCUUCUCAUCAUCAAGAGUUUCCAAACCUUGAUCUUGACACUGCUUUGCAAUAUAUUCAUCAUCGUGGCCCUGAUUCCAGAGGCAAGUUCUUGUCUUCUGAUGGACGUUGUGCCCUAGGCCAUGUUCGUCUUUCUAUCAUUGAUUUAGCUGGUGGCCAACAGCCUUUGAGCAACCCCUCCGGUAGCAUCCAAUCUGUUGUGAAUGGUGAACUCUAUGACUUUGAACGCAUUCGAACUGAACUGCAAGCCAAGGGCCACGCCUUUAGUACCAAGAGUGAUAGCGAGAUUGCUCUCCAUCUCUAUGAAGAAUACGACUUGGGUUUUCUGGAUCAUCUUCGUGGCGAGUUUGCCUUGAACAUCUAUGACGCCAAGAAGAACCGCUUUAUUGCUGCUCGUGAUCGUUACGGUAUCAAGCCUCUGUAUUACACUGUCUCCAAUGACACCUUGCUUGUUGCUAGUGAAAUCAAGUCCUUUAUUCCUAUGGGCUGGAAAGCUGAGUGGGACAUUGACUCGAUUGUACAUAACGGUGCCAUCUCGGAUAUGAGAACCUGCUUCAAGGGCGUCUACAAGUUGCCUCCUGCUCACUAUCUCGUUGCUACUUCUUCUGGAUCCAUUGAAAUCCGUCCAUAUUGGGAUGCUGAUUAUCCUGACAAGCAUGUCAAGGAAACUCGUUCAGUCGAGGAGAUGGUCCAAGGUGUUCAUGACAGACUGCUUGAAGCUGUCAGACACAGAUUGAGAGCUGAUGUUCCUCUUGGUGUCUAUCUGAGCGGUGGUAUCGAUAGUUCCUGUAUUGCUGGUAUUGCCUCCAAGUUGUUGAGAGAGACAAACCCUGACGCUAGAUUGAGAGCCUUCUCCAUCUCCUUUGCUGGUAGUGAAAAGCUAGAUGAAUCGACUAUUGCCGAAAGAACAGCUCAGUUCUGUAACGCUGAAUUCAAGAAGUUGUCAUUGACUGAAGAGGACCUGCUGGCCAACUUUGAAGAUUCCGUUUGGUAUGUCGAGCAACCUCAGGUCAACUUGAAUGGCGUUGGUAAAUUCCUUCUGUCUCGAUUUGUCCGUGAUCAAGGCUACAAAGUUGUCUUGACUGGUGAAGGCUCUGAUGAGCACUUUGGCGGCUAUGGCUUUUUCCAUGAUGAUUACCUUCGUGAGGCAGAUCAUGCUACUCCUGGUGGAUUUGGUGCUUUGACCAAAGAGAAGCUUGCCAUUCGAUCUAAACUCGCUGGUGCCAACAAGGAUAUUAUUGGUGGCUUUGUUAGCUCUGAAUCUAAUCUCUCCCAUAUGGAUAGUUCUCGCAAGAUGGUGAACGGCGUCAACACGCACAAGAUCCUGGGCAACGUGUUUGCUUUGAAGGAUGAAAGCUUCUCUGACGCAGCCAUCUCUCAAUGUGGUUCUCCUGCCCCUGGUUUGGCUAUGGCUGAAAGCAUUAAUGGCAUGGCUCGUUACAAGGCCAACUCCAAAUGGCAUCCUCUCCACACAGCCAUGUACAUUGAAAAUCACACCAUGCUCCCCAACUACCUUUGUAACGCUCUUGGCGACCGUAGUGAGAUGGCUCACUCGAUUGAAGCUCGUACUCCCUUCUUGGAUCACCAUCUGUGCGAAUACGUCAACAAUCUCCCUCCUUCCCUCAAGAUCAAGACCGAAGACGAUGGCUCGUUGAAUGAAAAGUGGGUCCUCAAGGAAGCUGUCAAGCCCUAUAUUACGGACGAAAUCUACAACCGUACCAAGCAUCCCUACGUUGCUCCAUCCUCUAAAGGUCGCAAUCCCAUGGUGAUAGACCUGAUCAACAAGCUCAUCACUAGAGAGAAUCUUGAAAAUAUGGGUUGGGUCAAUUCUGAAAAGUUCAUUCAUAAUAAGAACACCUUCUUACAAAACGGCGAUCCACUUCUCUUUAAAGACAUGUUGCUCAUGAUGUCCUAUGUCAUUCUCUCUCAGCGCUUCAACAUUGCUACUUGGAAUGCUCCUGAAACUGCUGCUGUAGCUCGUUAA